AUCAAGCAUGAAGCAACCGUCUUGCGGUUACAAAUAAUUAAAAAGAGAAACGACGUCGAAGCGAGUCAUAUCAUAGCAUUUGGAUUUGAUUUGGAGAGGGGUCUUCUGGAGGGGAGUCCUGUGCAUGUGCUGACACAGAAUCAGAGAUAGAGAUAGAAACAGACAGAGAAGCGAUCAAGCAAAUCGGAGUAUGGACACGACUAAAGAAGAAGAGAAAGUAGACGAUGAUCAGCGGCAACAACAACAACAAAAAACUGUUGUUAAAAAAAUUCCAAAGGCAAAAUCUUGUAAGGGAUAUCUCUAUUACAAUUCCGUUCUCAAAUCCCAUCAUCGCAACCCUCGUUGCAUCGGCAUCCCUCGUACUCUCCCUCAAGUACCCGACUUUGUUGUCCGACACUCUGAGCUUAAAGCAUCGAAGGAUGGGCGGACCCUUAUACAGUUUUAUUAUGCUUGUCUUGGUUACUCUGUAUAUAACAAUGUAAAUAGUGUUUCAACCGAUAAGCUAACAAAUGUGAAUGACGUUUCAACUGAUAAGCAAGUGACAAGACAACUACCUCUGUGCACCGGCCUGGAGCUACUACUGCAUAAACCUCCUGCUCCUACUAAUCCUGUUCCUGCUCCUGCUCAUAAUAGAGAAGAUAUCCAUGAACUCCCUCAGUCUCGAGUGCAUAAUAAACCAGCUCAUCAACCAGCUCAUCGAUCAAGAGAGAACUUCCUGGACAGGUUCAAAAGGAAUGCAAACCUGGUUGCAUCGGGAGUGGCAAAAAACAUGCGUAGAGUGGGGAACUACUUAAAAGAGAGUGUAGAGGAUAUUAUUUACCCGUAUCGGAAGCGACCUAAAUAAUGUUGCCAUCUUGUAUGCAAGAAGUAGUGCAUACAAAUUGGCAAAGAAGCAGGGAUUAGCAUCAUCUUAUAUUUCUGUUUGUUCGAUAUUUGGUUCACGUAUUUUCUCCUCUUGGCAUCCAUUGCCUCUGCUUCCUUCUUUUUGCGGAAUAAAUAAUUAUGCAAACGCUAGAGAAAAUAGUUGAUUUGGCUCUUUGUAUGCUAGCAUAUGAUGUUUACUUGUGUCUAUGGUUUGAUGUAAUUGACCUACGGAGGAAGAGGUGACAACUAACAAAGGUCUCAUUUGUAUAAGCAUAUUAAUUACCGUUCGCUGUCAAAAUUAUCGCUUUACUUGAUAGUGUUAUCUUAUCUCUA